AUGGCAAAGGAUCCAGAAGAGUGGAGAAGACUGAGUAACAAUAUCAGUGCAGAGUUGGAGAUGAAUCCAGAGCUCGGAAUGAUAAAAACUGUCCUUCAGAAAAGCUAUGAUGGUUUACCAUUCGAUCUCAAGUCUUGUUUCUUAUAUUUGUCUAUAUUUCCUGAAGAUCAUGUCAUUAGUCGGAGGCGUUUGGUUCGUCGAUGGGCAUCAGAAGGUUACUCAACUGAGAGGCUUGGGAAGUCAGCCAUUGAAAUUGCUGACACUUACUUCAUGGAACUCAACAACAGAAGCCUGAUUCUACCAUUUAAGAGGUCAGCUGACAGUAGGAAAUCAAUGGACUCAUGCAAAGUCCAUGAUCUCCUGCAUGAAAUCGCAAUCACAAAGUCAUUGCAAGAAGAUGUUAUUUUCAGACUGGAGGAAGGCUGCAACUUAAAAUCUACAGCUCGUCAUCUUGCCAUAAGUAGUGAUUGGAGAGGUGAUCAGGGUCAGUUUGAGAGCAGUGUUGACCUGCCACAGCUAAGAUCGCUCACGGUGUUUGGUGAGUUCCAGUCAUUUUUCAUUUCUAAGAAAAUGCGGAUGCUGAGGGUGCUGGACUUCGAAAACACAAAUGGUAUAGGCUAUCAUGGUCUUGAUGAUAUAGGGAAGCUUCUUCACCUCAGAUAUCUUUCUCUGCGAGGAUGUCGUGAUAUCAUUCUCCUACCCGAUUCGUUGGGCAAACUGAGGCAGCUGCUCACUCUAGACAUAAGAGACACAUACAUUACCACUCUUCCAAAAACAAUCGUCAAGCUUCAAAAGUUGCAAUUUGUCCAUGCUGGUAACAAAUCAGAAGAUGUUGAUGUAGAGACAAAAAAUUUCACAGAGGGCCUUAUUCAAAAUAAGGGUGUUUUGGUGCCAAGAGGAAUCAGAAAAAUGAGAGGACUGCUCACACUGAGGGCUGUGAAAGUUGGAAGGGGGAACGCUGCUCUUCAAGAGAUAAGAUGUCCCACAGGAUUGCGGAAGUUAGGCGUAACUGGCAUCAACAAGAGGAAUGGUCUAGCUUUUUGCUUAGCUAUUGCCGACCUGAAGAAACUGGAAUCACUAUCUGUGAGUGCAGCUGCAGGGAGAUCAGGAUUGCGGGGUUCUUUGGAUGCACUAUCCACGCCUCCAGAAAACCUUCUCAGUCUCAAACUAUACGGCAGUUUGGACAUAUUGCCGGAAUGGGUCGCAAUGCUCCAGAAACUAGUGAAGCUGAGGCUAUCAGGUACUGGGCUGCUAGAUCCAGAUGGUGCUAUACAGUUAAUAGGAAGACUGCCCAAACUACAGAUUCUAAGUUUAUAUGGGCUCUCAUUUCAAUGUGAAGAAAUUUGUUUCCGUUCUGAGCAGACAGAAAUUUCUUUCCGAAGCAUUAAGCUGCUAAGUUUUGAAGAAACAAAGAUUAAAUCGGUGAAAUUUGAAGCAGGAACAAUGCCCAAACUUGAGCAACUUAAGGUCACUGGUGAAAUAAGUAAUGGGUUUUGCAUUUCUGGGCUAGAAUGUCUCCCAAGCAUUAAUGAAGUCCAGCUUGAUGCUCGUUUUCCAUGGGAUCGGGGAAAAUUUAGUGAUUGUCAUGAUUCUGAGAGCUUGGACAAGAUGAUUGAGGAAGAAGGACAGAAUGAAAAGUGGAAGACAGAUGAGUUGAAAAAGAAAAUCCGGGAACAACUUUCUUUGAAUGAAAACAAGCCCAUUUUAAUUUGGAAGAACGACAACUGGGACAUAGGAGAUAUGCGAGAUUUGGCGAAAGUCCCCUUCAGCAGAACUUCACGUGCGUACGCACAAUAUAACAAUGAGCUCGACACACUAAGGCCCUCGAUGGUUAAUUGGGAGCCAUACACCGACAAUGAGGCACUGCAUCUUGGAGUAAGCAUCAUGUGCAGCGAGGAUGAAGACCUGUACAAGAUGAUGGAAUGGCUUGUCCAGCCGUUCGACACGUCCGUGGAGCUGCAUAAGUUGAAAAUUCAGUGGACCCAAGCAGAUUAUGCGUAUCUUGAAUCAUCAGAGGAUGAGGACACUUCAUAUGACCUUGCAGCACGACAAGGGACACUUAUCGAAGCAGCACCUGUCUUGGACCGAGUGGGCAACGCGCUCAAGCAAUCUGUGCUUGACAUUGAACGGUUUCCAAGAACAGGCAUGGACGACCACACACUAAUUUAUUGGAGGUGGGUUGGAAUGCCGAACCCACAUGUACCCAGCGGCAACCCACAUAGCCGCCCAGCACCGUCCGCCUGCUGGUACGGUGGCAUCGCCGAGGGCGCGGGAGCAGUUUGGCCGGCCGACGUGGAGGCACGCCCAUGGGGGUAG